UGUUGUGACAAGUUUUGAAGUUUGUUUUGAAAUAUCGCGAAACUGAUUCCCGCUCUCUUGAUUUUCCAAAAAAAUAUUAGAUUAUUACACAAAAACAAACUAUGACUUCUAAGAGAGUCAUAUCACAACGCAGUGAUAUCAGUCAAAGCAAAAGCAAGAAAGCUAAAUCGUCAGACAUACAUAGCACGUAUUUACAUGUUACCCUACGAGAGAGUGGACUCACUUUGAAACAUCCAACUGAGAAGUGCGUAAUAUCCAAUGAGAUUAUUCAUACUAUCCGUAACAUUAAGAAAAACCUGGAAAAGCAUUUUGAAUAUCCCAGAAAUCUAUCGGAUCUUUUUACAAACUUGGAGGAUGAAUGCAAAGAUUUGGAUGUGUUUAAACAUUACUUGUUCCCUAAUAUUGUGAGGAUAUCUGACGAUAACGCUGAAGAGUACCCGGUAAGCGACAGCGUCAUCAAAAUAUUACUCAGUGUUCCAGUUCUUCAGAAUAAACUUACUGAUUAUAUAUUUGAAAAGGCUAUUGAUUUAGCGGCUGAAUCUAAAUGUGGACCAUGGAUACAAAUGAUACUAAAAUGUUUUUCCUCCUUAGACAGUAUAGUAAAUACAGACAAAAUGUCCACAAAUCUAAUAAAUCUAUUAGAUGUGGCAUCAGAGAAAAUGGUAAAAUUGGAAAUAAUAACAGCCAUUCCAGACAUUAUAGGGGAUCAAGAGCAUGACAAUAUUGCUGCAGAGAUGAGCAGAAUUCUCAGUGAAGAUCAUGAUCUGAUACCUGCUAUAUUAGAUUGUUUAUCUUACCUGUGUUUAUCAGACAGCCAAUAUGAACAACUACAGAAGAAAACUCUAAAUCUUUUGAUGAGUCUUUCUAAAUGUAAUUAUUUCUCAAAUUUUGUUAAAUUCCUAUUAAUGCCUGGAAGAAUCAGCGACAAUGCUUAUUUAGAAGCUGUCCUGGGUUUAAGGAAUGCUCUUGGAUGGAGUACCACUGUUGCUCAAGCUCAGGAAGUGGCAACCAGUCAGGUUCUCACUGCUACAGCUAUUAGGAACUCCAUAGUGUCAUCAAAAGUGGUUGGUAAUGCAUGGAUUAAAGUAGUGUUCUUAUGUAAAGUGCACACAGAUCAUAAACCCAUUGACUUUAUACUACUUCUCAUUGCAUAUUCAACAUCAGAAGAAAAACAGAGACAAGUAGAAAAUCUAAUUAGAAAGCAAAUCAAACUAAAUAUUAUGAAAGAAGACUUGUUAGAAGAUGUAUUCAAAAAAUUUAAACCAAUAUUGAAGGAGCAUUUAAGACAUUUGAUUGAUCUUUCUAAUUCACUACUGAAGACUAAAGUGGAUCCAGAUGUGCAAGCAUUUGCAUCAUAUAUGUACACUCUUAUGUUUGCAGAGUUGGAGGAAUGUUGUCAAACAAUAGUUGCAGAACUUUUGCAGUUGGGAUUAGAUUCUAAGCAGUGUGUAAUGAGUAUCUUACUUAUUUUAAAUAAUGUUGCAUCAAAAGACAUGUCCCUUUUAAAGCCACAAAGUAUUCAAAUGUUAACACUGUUAGAUAGAAUGGACGAUAUGCCACUGGAUGAAGUAAGGGCAGUCAUGAAUUUACUUUGUGGUCUAGCCUACAGUUAUGAAAACUCAGUUAUAAGGGAUGAUCUACAUAUGAUCAUAAGAAAAGAACUGGGCUCUUCAAACCCAAGAAUUAAAGUCCAGGGUAUUCUAGCAGCAAUCCAUGGUGUAAAGUACCUAAUGGUGGCAAACUCUAAUGAUGAUGAUCAAACUAGAGAAAUUCCGGAUGAUGUAAGUUAUGGAUCAGUUACUCAUUUAUCAGAAGGGGAUCUUCGAGAAGCAGCACAAAUCAUUGAGCUGAUCAGCCGAAGCACUCGACAAUUUCCUGACAUGAUAGCAUUCUUCUAUGAUGAAUUAUCCAAAGUCAUUUUGUCAGCAUCACACAUAAAUAAAAACUUUUUAACUUGGCUCACUGAUGCAGUAACCAAUGACCUACAACAAAAUUUUAUAGUGGACUCAGUGGCAGUGGACAGAAUAUGUGAUUUAAAGCUGGAAAUGCAAUACUGUCUCAAUGCAGAAAGUGAAAUGGAUGAAAUUAUUGCUAUAAAUAUUGCAGGUCUGACUCUAGAAUCUACAUCUGAAGUUUAUAUUGGUAUUUUGUCUCCACUUUUUCAACUUGUUCAAACUCUGCAUUAUAAGCAACAUGGUGGUAACUUGGCCAGUAUAGAUGCCUUAUUGGGAUGUCCAGUUGUUAUGCCAAAGUUUGAUAUAGACUUAAUUGAGGACAUGGAUUCAGUUGCUGUCUGUCAUAUUUUGGAUUGUUUAGUCCAUUGCAUUAAUUGGUUCAGAGAACUACUCAAUGCUUUUGCUACCCAAAAUGAUGAUGAUUUAAAAGCCAAGACAUUGAAGAGGGUUCUACAGAUAGAAGAAUUAGAAAUAUUUGUGAAACAAAUUCUUGUAAGAAGUAAGGUCUCUUACAAGCCACCAGUUUGUACAUUCAAUGUUAACAAAUACACUGGUGAACAAAUUGAGAGAAAAACUAUUAAGGUACAAAAUGUUAAACAAAAAAUUACAAAGAAGCCAGGACAAGAUGAUACUGCAUUACCAGAAACAGCAAAGUCACAAGCAACACAGAACAAUGUUUCUGUAAAGAACAGUCUUGAAUUAAGUCAGAACAUGCCUCUCCGACCAUUAAGUUUGAAUUUGCUUCAUUUGAUUAAAACUGAUAUGACUGAAGAUAAAGAGUCCGAGUCAGAGCUCACAGUUAAGACUGUCAUCUUUCUAUUAAAAUGUGUGAAUAGUAACAUUGAAAAUGUUCUUAUCUCUAAAAUAAAAAGGAAAACAUUUUUGACUAAACAAGAAAAUGUUACAUACGAUGCUUCUAAAGCUGAAGAAUGUGCCAAGACAGUCAGUGAAGUAUUACCGCAACUAGUGGAACACUUAAAAUUUGUGACCUUGUCCAUUGAAAAGAUGACUGCUGGUAACACACAAGACAAUGAAAUGAUAUACACAUCGGAUUUGUAUAAUCUCCUAACAUGCUUAGAAUGCAUCUAUAAUUUGUGUACCAUAUAUUUUAAAUGGAUAGGUUUUAAGAAUCAGCAGCAUGCUGCCCUACUGAAGAGUUCCCUGAGAACUCUAGCAAAUCCUAAUACUGCUACUGUAUCCCUGAAAGAUUUACUGAUUGCUACAGCACAGUGUCUACAAAAGCAUGAAACAUAUUGUUUGCAAUUAUCAACUGCUGUAGCACUGAUGGAAUUCCUAAAAAGUAUUCAGAAUUUUUCAGAUAAUCGAAUUAUACUUAAUACUUUGAAAACAUUGGCCCAAAAGUUCUUAUCACAACAGUGGAAAACUCCUGAAGGUACAUUGGAGAAAGGUUUACUUUUCAACCAAAGUGUAGAUAGAUUAGCAUCUAUUUAUUUUAUAAAUAACGAAGUUCUAGCUUUGAAGAACUUGACUUUACAAUUAACAGAGGACAUUAAGUUCUUAAAAACCAAUAAAAAUACUUUAAGCACACUAAAGUGCAUAAACAAAAGCAAUUUCCCUAUUUUGUACAGAAAUCUUGGUACAGCCGUUUAUGAAGCAACAAAGGCCCGAUUAGAAAAGGGCAUGACAAACACAGAACAUUUAGGCCUGUGGAAGGAUGUGGCAACAAUUAUGAAGAACAUGUCUGAUAUAGCGAAGACGCUCGAAAAUAGGAAUAACUUAUCAGCAUUUUUCAAGAAAUCAAUUCCAGUGCUGAAACUGUUUAUGUCACAAGGAAUCCCCAUCUUGGAGAUUCAGUUUAAAACUGAGAACCAGGAAGUACUGGAAAUACUUAAAAUUCUUCAACAAUCUACCAGAUUCUUGCAGACAUUAUGUUGCCAUUCUAGAUUGAAGAAAGAUACUGUAUUGAUGAGCAAGGUACCACACAUGAGGCAGCUUCUUGAAACUCUAAUUUACAAAGUAAAAGCUGUGUUAGCUGCUAAUAAUUGUUCAGCUGCCUUUUGGAUGGGUAAUCUGAAAAACAAAGAUAUCCACGGCGAAGUAAUAGCAUCGCAACAGAGCAUCGAAAGCGAGGAAUCUGUUGAAGACUGCGAUGAACAGCUGCCCGAAGACGACGACAGUGAUGAAACAGACGAUGAAAUGCUUGAUCCUGAUUCCAGAAGUUUAAGUGAUAUUGUAUAAUUUAAAUAUAUUUUAUACUCGAAAGUUAA